GCCGACCGACAUCCGGUGUUUCUGUCUUUCGUGCAUGGCCCGACUUCUAGGGAGCACACGUGUGAUUAUUUUGUUCAUUUGAACGAUUUAGAAAUCAAUUCCUCACCAUGGACAAGCCCGUCGUUUUGGCCCGUGUGAUGAAAGUUCUGGGUAGAACUGGCUCCCAGGGGCAGUGCACACAGGUGAAAGUAGAAUUCAUCGGAGAACAGAACCGACAGAUCAUCAGAAACGUGAAGGGACCUGUCCGCGAAGGAGAUAUUUUAACCCUCCUGGAAUCUGAACGUGAAGCUAGGAGAUUAAGAUAGAUCUAAGGAAUGUUCACUGGCAAGAUGGAAUGUUGACUGCUCUACCUCCUCCAACCAAGAUCUUAGCCCUGGAUAAAAUGGUUAAUAAAUUAUCUUGAACAGUGA